UGAAAAAAAGUUUGAAAUAAUGUACCAGAAAAACCAGUGGUACAUUUUAUUAUCGAUUAAUGUUUGUCUACUUCUACAAUCGAUCAAGUUUGGUUUAGCACAAGAAUCCACGCCCUCAUCAUCGAAUGAAGUCAUCUCCUCAAAUGAAAUAUUACCAUACGAGCGUACAAACGGGCCAUGUGCAAAUUUUAAACCGGGCGAUGAUGAUCUACAAACAUCCGAUUUUAUACGACAAUUUCGUUUAGACAUCUCUACAGUUGGUUUGGAUUAUCGACACGGUAUAAGUCGUGUACGCGGUUCAAAUCGUAUGCAAACUGCAUUCCGUUUGGAUAAAGAUGCAAAUUUAACGUUACCAACACGUCAUGUAUUUCCGCAAGGUUUACCCGAUCAAUUUUCAUUUGUUUGUACGUAUCGUCAAAGGCGGUUAUAUAAAACACCGUGGCAUUUAAUUCGUGUAUUGGAUUUGGAAGAGAAACCACAAUUUUUGAUAACACUGAAUCCACGAAGACAAUCGAUUGAAUUUUCGAUUAUUAAUUAUGAAGGCAGAUUACAGACGUUAAUUUUUCCAAAUGUUCAUGUAUUUGACAAAGGCUGGCAUAAAAUGCAUUUUGGUGUAUUUCGUGAUCAUGUCAAUUUGUAUUUAGAUUGUGUAAAUACAUCAUCAGCAUUGUUGGAGCCUCGAGGUAAUAUUGAUAUCAAUGGUGAAAUAUCAAUAUCGAAAUUUACGAAUUCAAAACAAACUGUACCGAUCGAUCUACAAUGGAUGGUUUUAAGCUGUGAUCCAUCACAACCUGAUCGAGAACUAUGUGAUGAAAUUCCUAAAUAUGCAGUCCCUGCCGCAACAAUUCAGCCCAAAUGUGAUGUAUUAUGCCCACAAGGGCCACCUGGCUUAAACGGUACAAACGGCCGUCCUGGCAAACCAGGACCAAUUGGUAGACCUGGACAACCAGGCCGAUUGGGUAAACCAGGACAAAAGGGUGAAAGAGGUGAUAUUGGUCCACAAGGAUAUCCUGGAAUUGCUGGAAAGCAAGGAUUACCUGGACCACGUGGUCCUCAAGGAAUACCAGGAACUCCAGGCAAAGAUGGUGUACCAGGAAUACCAGGUGACAAAGGUGAAAAAGGGGAAGCAGGAUUUCGAGGAUUAAAAGGGGAACCAGGUUCUGAUGGAGCACCUGGACAGCCAGGAAUAGAAGGUCCACCUGGUCCCCGGGGAUUACCAGGUUUGGGAGCGGCAAACGCUGGUGAAUUAGUACCUGGACCUCCGGGACCUCCAGGACCGCAAGGACCUAUAGGUCCUUCUGGUGCAGAUGGGCAACCAGGACGACGAGGUUUUGAUGGCAGGCCUGGACAAAUUGGACUUCCUGGCAAAGAUGGAUUAAAUGGAAGACCUGGUUUGAAGGGGGAACGUGGAGAUCCAGGCUACGUAGGCCCACGAGGUCCACCAGGUCCAGCGGGACCCCCUGGGCUACCUGGUAUAAUUGGUACACAAGUUGGCGGUGAAGGAAUACCAGGUUUACCAGGGCCAAUUGGCCCACCUGGAGAGCCAGGACUGACAGGGCUAAUAGGUGAUAAAGGUUCGAAAGGAGACAUGGGUUCACCUGGAGAAGCGGGCCCAAAAGGUGAUAAAGGUGAUCGAGGUGAUCCUGGCUUCCCUGGCCAAGACGGAUUGCGUGGUUUACCCGGCCGUCCUGGUGCCCAAGGUGAAAUUGGACAAAAAGGUGAACAAGGCUUUAUAGGACCAAUUGGAUUACAAGGUGCACGAGGGGCUACUGGAUUACCAGGACCAAUUGGAGUACCCGGUACACCGGGAGCUCCAGGUCAGAAGGGAGACACAGGUGCCCCUGGUAUACCUGGUUUGCCUGGAAAUGUGGCUUCUGCAGGUAUACCCGGGCCGCCAGGUCCCGUUGGGCCACCAGGACCACAAGGUGACGAAGGCUUACCAGGAGUUAAAGGUGAUAUUGGACCACCUGGUGCAGUUGGUUUACCCGGGCCACAAGGUUUACCAGGCCAAAUUGGAUUCCAAGGAAAUGAUGGUUUGCCUGGCAAACCAGGAGAGCCUGGUCCAAUAGGUCCUCGUGGUCAAGACGGUGCACCUGGAGUGAAUGGAAGAGAUGGACUUCCAGGGGCAGUCGGUCCUCAUGGUCCCAAAGGUGAUAGAGGCUCGAAUGGUGAACAAGGACCAGUUGGACCUAGAGGAGUUCCUGGGAAUAUGGGACUAGUUGGACUUCCUGGAUCACCUGGACCACAAGGUAUACCUGGCAUACCCGGACAACCUGGCCCCUCGGGACCUCCAGGCCCACCAGGACCACCAGGAGACAGCUCAUCAUUACAACAUACCGUUUAUUCAGAACAUGGAGGCGUUCCCGGAGCGUCUGGACCUAGGGGUAAUCCUGGUCCGCCUGGAUUACCAGGUGAACGUGGAGCAUCAGGAGAACGAGGUCCAGAAGGUCCACAAGGAUUACCAGGUAUGCCAGGUAAAGAAGGACCACCUGGAUUACCUGGACCACCAGGCCAACGGGGACAACCGGGAAUGCAUGGAACACCGGGACCUCCAGGCCGCAGUUUUACUGAAAGUGAAGUACGAGAUAUUUGCGCAGCUGUAUUACGAGAUCAAUUAGCAGAAUUGAGUGCCACUUUAACUGGACCACCAGGACCACCUGGACGUAGUAAACCAGGACGUCCAGGUCCACCAGGUCUACAGGGACCUCCAGGUGAUCAAGGAGUGCCAGGAUUACAAGGUGAAAGAGGAUUCCCUGGUGUACCAGGUCCAGCUGGCCCACCCGGGGAACCUGGCGGACACGGUGAACGCGGUGAUAAAGGUGAACGUGGUCCGGAAGGUGUUGGUGUUGAAGGACCAAUGGGACCAAGAGGUGCUCCAGGACCACCGGGACAUGACGGAAUUGGUUUGCCAGGACGGACUGGAGACCGUGGAGAACCAGGACGGCCAGGUACUCAAGGAGUUGCUGGACCACCAGGUCCUCAAGGACCACCAGGUUUUUGUGAAUUUUGUAAUUAUGCUGGUCCAAAUGCGUAUCCCACAUAUUAUCGCAGUGGUGGAACUGAUAAAGGACCAAGUAAAUAAUAGACAAAUUGUGUUAUUACAAUAGUGUUGGGAUGAAUGUUUCUGAUUCAGGAAUGAAUUGAUUCCGUUAGAUUUAUAAUUUAUCCAAAUGAGCCAAUCAAAUGUAGUUCCAUUUUGUUGCUCUUAAUUAUUAAUUUCACUCAUUUUUCUUCUAAUAAUGUGAAUGUCAAAAUAAUUCGUUUCAAUAAAUUGACUCAAAUGAAUCAAUUCAGCUCAUGUAAGGUUUUAUUGAAUUGAAUCAAAUCCUGAAUCAGAGCUAACUAGUCCAACGCUAAUACGUGGAAACCACAAGGCUAGUUUUUUAAACUUAAAGAUAAAUCAGAAUUUCCUGAAAUCAAUCAUUGAAAAAUUCGAUGAAAUCGA